AUGUCAAACAAAUCUACCACGGGCGGUUUAGUUGCCGUGUCUAACCCAUCAGACAAACUCUCUGACCGAGAACGCUAUGCCGACCUACGUACCAGUGGCGACCGGCAUGGUGAGUCUCGGAGUUUCCAGAUGGAAAUCGAGGACGACCAAAUCUUCUCUAUGCGGGAAAUCGACCCAGUGCUUGAUGACAAGAUGCGCCUCAUCAAUAAGGUCGAACGAACCAUGGAUGAAAUCGGCUGGACAAACAUGCACCUCAAGCUGUUUUUCCUUAAUGGUUUCGGCUACGCUGCUGACUCUCUCAUUCUUGCCCUCCAAGCUGUGACUGCCGGCCAGGCUGCUCUUGAGUUUCGUCCCGCCUUCUCUUAUGGCCUCAAUGUGGCUGUCUAUACCGGAAUGCUGGUUGGAGUGUUAUUCUGGGGACUAGGUGCGGAUGUCAUCGGCCGUCGUUAUGCUUUCAACAUUUCACUCUUCUUAUCCUCCGUAUUUGCCAUUGCGGCCGGUGCGUCGCCUAACUGGAUUGUCCUUGCUACUUUUGUUGGCCUAGCUGCAUUUGGUGCUGGCGGAAAUCUUGUUCUAGACACCACUGUCUUCCUCGAAUUUCUCCCUGGCAACAAGCAAUGGCUUGUUACGUUGAUGGCCUGCUGGUGGGGCCUCGCAUAUGUCAUUGUUGCCGCCUUUUGCUGGCCAAUUUACUCGAAUCCCAAGUACAUUUGCGUGGAUGCUGAUACAUGUACUAAAGGUAACAACAUGGGCUGGCGAUAUGUCUGGUACGGCAAUGGAGCUCUCGUCUUUGUAUGCAGCAUUUUACGAGUCACUGUGAUUCGACUCAAGGAGACCCCCAAGUACCUUCUUGCGAAGGGUGACGACGCUGCUGUGGUUGCCAUCUACCAAGAUAUUGCAAAGAAAUAUCAACGACCGUGCAGUCUCACUGUUGAGGCACUUGAGUCUAUGGGGACCAUCGACUCCACAUAUGGCAAGUCCAGUCGUGGUGCCCAAACAGGAGAGUCCGGACCGUAUUAUCAGUGGAGAAACUACAUGCUUAGCAGUAUCACGGGUAUCUUUGGACCAGUGGCUGCUGGAUUUAUGUGCAAUUCCAAGCUGCUUGGCCGCAAGUAUACCAUGGCCAUUGGAGCUCUUAUCACAAUGGCCUUCUUUUUUGCUUAUACUGCCGUCAAGACUCCGGCUCAGAAUGUUGCCUUGAGUUGUGUCAUAGCUUUCACGUUGAAUAUCUACUAUGGAACCUCUGUCAUCUUACCGUUUGAGCCUUAUGGGAAGCGGUCUAUGUAG